GUGAGCUGCCUGGCCUGCCCAGGAGCCCACAACAAAAAUUAAAUUACUAGAAUAAAUUUUUUGAUUAUUUAGUAUUUGCCUAUAACAAAAAUUAAAUUACUAGAGUAAAUUUUCUGGUUAUUUAGUAUUACCCCAGCCGAAACUCACUCCACCCCACCCUAAUUUUUCCCAGCCCAGCCCCCUUGCCUGUAAACCCUUCUCCUUCCUCUCUCGAGCUCGCUGUCGCUCACGGCUCACCCUCGCUGCCUCUCUCUUGCUCUCGCUAGGGCUCGGCCUCGGCCCCUCUUGCUCUCGCUCGCCCUCGCACUCUGCCUCUCUUGCUCUCGCUCGCCCUCGCUGGCUCUCUCUUGCUCUCGCUCGCCCUCGACCUCGGCCCCUCUCGCUGCCUCUCGCCCUCGCUCUCUGCCUCUCUUGCUCUCGCUCGCCCUCGCCCUCGCCCCCACGCUCGCUCGGCCAGUCGGCUUCGCCCUCUUGCUCGCUGCCCUCUGAUUCAGGUCUUCGUUUUACACCCCCCCCCCCCCCCCCCAACUUCCAGAUUUGCUUCAUUCGAGCCCAGAAAUGUCAGUUCAGUUGACACCUUCAAAAAGACCGUUUGAUCAUAGCCAUGGUGAACCCAAUGGCAAAGGGAAAUGGCAAAAGUCAUCAAGUUUCACUUCUCAAAAUUUACCAUUGAAAGUGACGCCUGGCAGCUUUUCUUUUCGUGUACUCUGCCCUGUUUCCAUAGCUGGUAGCGUUAUUGGAAAAGGUGGCAGCAUCAUAGCACAGAUACGUCAGGAAACUGGUGCAAAAGUCCGGGUUGAAGAAACUGUCCCAGGAUGUGAUGAGAGAAUAGUUGUUAUAAUAGGCUCUGAUAAAGAGGAUGAAACCACUGGUAGUCAGAGCAGGGGGGAUGAUGAUCAGGCUAACACUACCAAAGAUGGUGAUGAUGCCAAGGAGCAAGGUGAGGAUGAUGAAAAUAAGGAAUCUAUUCCCGUGGGAGAUUUACAAUCUGAAAAGGGAAUGACACCUGUUCAGAAAGCUCUGUUACUUGUUUUUGAAAGACUUGUCGAAGGAGAAGCGGAGACAGAUGGAGGGAAUGAAGAGAGUAAAAAACCUUCCACAAUUGUUGUAAGGUUGCUUGUGUUUUCCAGUCAAGUGGGUUGUCUCUUGGGAAAGGGUGGAAGUGUAAUCAAGCAAAUGUCAUCUGAUAGUGGGGCUCAGAUCCGUAUUCUUCCUAGGGAUAAGUUACCUUCUUGUGCAUCUCCUUCUGAUGAGCUGGUUCAGAUUAGUGGGGCAGUGGAUGCAGUUAAGAGGGCUCUUCAGCUGGUUUCUCAACAACUUCUGGAGAAUCCACCUCGUGAUCAGGACUCCUUUUUUACCAAUUCUGGUGUUCCAUCAUCUCAUUCAUUUGGAAAUCCUCUUCCAAGGCCUGACUCUUACAUUCUGCCAAACUUUCCUUUCCCUGCCCAAGGGUCAUCUUAUGCUACUGGGCCACUGAUUUCUAGACAUAACGAUGGUGGUAUUCCUGGCCGCGUUAACCCUAGUCAAGAUAUCUUGACCUUCCGCUUACUGUGUCACGAGGAUAAGGUAGGGUCUGUAAUUGGAAAAGGAGGAACUAUAGUUAAAGCACUUCAGCAUGAGACUGGCUGUGAGAUCAAAGUUGUGGAUGGUGGAUCUGAUUCAGAGGAGCGCAUUAUUGUCAUAUCUGGUCCAGCGCACCCAGAUGAUAGAAUAUCCCCUGCCCAGGAUGGAGUUCUUCGUGUACAGUCAAGGAUACUUAGGGCUACAUCAGAGAGCAAGGAGAAUUCUGUGACUGCAAAACUUCUUGUAUCCUCUAAUCAAAUAGGUUGCCUUCUUGGUAAGGGUGGCGCUAUUAUUUCCGAAAUGAGGAAGUUAUCGGGGGCGUAUAUUCGUAUAUUGGGGAAGGAUCAAGUUCCAAAAUUUGCAUCUGAGAAUGAAGAAUUAGUUCAGAUAAAUGGAGAAUUUGAAACAGUGCAAGAUGCGCUUUUACAUGUCACCUCUAGGUUAAGGAACCAUUUCUUCCGUGAUGCAUUUCCCUCUAUUAAUCAUCCUCCAAAUCCUGCCUUUCCAGAUCAAGGACCUCCAUUUCCUUACGUGGGGAGGAGGGAACAUUCACCACCAGGAAUGUAUUUCAAUCUAGGGCCAUCAUUCCACAAGUUUGAUGCUGUUGGUGGCUUGCCUCCACGUGAAGGUUUCCACCCACAUGAUGAUCGCAUUCCCUUUAUGCAUAGACCAGGCAUCCCCCCUCAUAUUUCAGAAAGAAAGCCAGCAUGGGGUCCUCAGGGUUCAAUUGAAGGUGGUGGGCCUUUAGGUUUACCGGACUAUGGAGGAGCUCCUCAAAGAAGGAUGGGUGGAUUUGGGGGAGGAAGUCAUCAGGCAAUUAUCACAAAUACCACCGUGGAAGUAGUUGUUCCUCGUUCUGUUGUUCCUGUAAUUUAUGGAGAGGAUGGUGGGUGUCUGAAACAAAUUAGGGAGAUUUCAGACGCAAAAGUUACCAUCACUGAUCCUAAACCUGGAGCAACAGAAACUGUGAUAAUAAUAUCUGGCACACCUGAACAAACUCACGCAGCACAGAGUCUUAUUCAAGCAUUUGUGAUAAGCGAGACAAAAGCUUCUUGAUCUUUGUUAUUAAGCUGAAUAUACCCUGGUGGUUGAAUUCUGCAGUUUUGUCAGUCGCGGAAAUGUGGUUGUACUUAACUAGGCCAAAGCCCAGACUUUGCAGAUCAAUCUUGACCUUGUAAAGCAUCUCCCUAGACACGGUCUAGAGAGUUGCAUGAAAAAUCAAGUUAUCAGUUGUACUUUUGGUUGGCAUAUAAAUGUUCAGAAGCUAUUGACUUGGAGUUUUUUGAAAAGUUAUGCUGUUGACUUACAUGUUGCUAUUGGAUCAGAAUUUUAGAAGAAAUGGAUAGGACGAUACUUGCCUGCCAUAUUGGUUCACUUGUGCAUUGUUGUGUUUAUUUAUGAGUUGUUUUUUUCCUUCGAGGAUCUAACAAUGAAAAUCUUGCGGUUACUCUUUAAUUUAAAAGUUCGAUGCACUUUCGAUA